GACCGGAGCGCCGUAUUUUUCAACCACAAGACAAUCAACAAAAACCGACGCAGAGAUGGCCCCCAAGAAGACUAAGACCUCCGACUCGAUCAACUCGCGCCUUGCGCUUGUUAUGAAGUCCGGCGACACGCCAACAAUCUGCUAUCCAGUGCUGACUUCCUGCGCAGAANAGGUCACCCUCGGCUACAAGUCCACCAUCAAGGCCAUCCGCUCUGGAAAGGCCAAGCUCAUCAUCAUUGCUGGCAACACCCCUCCUCUCCGCAAGAGCGAGUUGGAGUACUACUCCAUGCUCGGCAAGACCGCCGUCCACCACUUCAACGGCAACAACAUUGAGCUCGGUACCGCCGCCGGUAAGCUCUUCCGUUGCUCCACCAUGGCCAUCAUCGAUGCCGGUGACUCCGACAUCCUCACCGCCUCCGUCGCA